AUGGCGAUGAGAGGGGGCCCACGGCUGCAAGUCGGCUCUGCCGCUUGGGUCGCGGAGGAGAGGGAUUCCGCAUUAACUAUUGCGAAGUCUGAGCUCGAGGAAUUUUCGUUCUCUGCGCGGAAUGAGGUUGACUGGUUGAACGAACACAUGGCGGAGAUCUUUUCAGAAAGCCAAAUGAAUGUUGCCGAGCUUUUCAAGACACCAGGGAAGCUUCGCGGGAAAACACCACGCACAAUCAGGAAAACGGCCCCCAAUGCCGUUCGCAUGCCGCUCACAAGCAUGUUCUCCGCCACACCAAAGGGCGCCCCGAGCCCCUUCACGAUACCGAUUUCACAACAACCACAGCACGCGAAGAUGCAAGUGGCCGAGGACAAGCCCGACCAGUCAAAUCAGUCUGACACCCACCCCGAGAGCCCGUCAAAACACGCAGUCGUUCGGCCUCCGCACUCAGUGGAGAACCGCGCUCCCAUUUCACUCGGCGAUUCAGGUUAUCAUGGCAGCCAGUCGCAGGAUACCGUGCCCUUUGACCAUUUUGAUAAGGAUGUCGAGAUGUCCGAUAGCCCUGAGCCCGAGCCAUUAGAUGACAAGGACCAGCCGGGCAGUCCGCUGGAUGUUCAGCAGCCCCAAGAAACUGCCGAGGAUGCCCUCCCCGAACAUGCAGCUCUCACCCCAUCCUCCGCCGUUUUGCAGCCAAGCAGUCCAUUCCCAAGUAGGACUCGGCUACCCAUUAUGUCGCCGCGGUCGCCUUCCCCGAACAAGAUCUCAUCUCCCGCUCGGCAAACAACAAAUUUGUCCUCCUCCCCCCAGAAGCCGCUCUCCCCGCAAAAGACCUCGUCGUUGCCGGAGACGAGGGACGCUAGUCCUCAGAAGGAAGAUGAGAUGGAUGUCGACGUGAAUGGUGAGAACCAUGCGAACGACGAGGACGAAGAAAUGGAUGAGCCGCAGUCACCCUCCGAGGCAUCUAGCCCAAUCAGGCCCCUUGUUCGCAAGAGCAGCCUCAACUUUGCCUCGUUGCCGGCCCGUGAACCGCUGGCUUCUAAGAAGAGUCUCGGCGGUUCCCGUCUCUCGAGAACGAGUCAUUUGGACUUCAACCGCCAGAGCUACUACAACCGGCCGACAGGGGGCAAAAGCCUGGGCGGGGCAAUGCGCCGGGAAAGCUUGGAAGAUGAUGACAACGAUGAGAUAGACGUGGACGAUGAUGUGACGACCCAGAACGAGGAUACCGCUGUGCACAGCAAGACGUACACCCAGCGUUUGCAGGAUCAGAUCAGCAUGCUUGGCAAGGGCCAAUCGGCGGGCACUCGGCCCUCCAAAUCUAUGGCGCACUUGCUGCCCUCGCAACAAGCCUCGCAAAGCGCUCAGAGCCAAGCUCAACCCGAGCCCACAGCAGAAGCUGGGAAACCCUCCCCCGAGGUCAAGCAAACUGCCCCAGGUGCAUUCCCGGAGGAUGAAGAUGAUGACUGGAUUACAUCGCCCCGUGCGAAGACUGCGCCCUCACAUUCACGCUCCCUUUCUGAUGAUCGCGAUCAGCUCCCUAGCAGGGGAGGGUUGGGGACUUCUGACGCGGUCAUUCCGACGAAUAGGCAAGGAUCGCCAGCGAAGACCUCGGAAUGGACCCCUAAACACAGCAAAUCCGCUUCUGUGCCCGUUCUCCCGACUAUGGAGCAGCUGGACUCGGACAUGGACGGUAGCCCGCUGAAGAAGACCAUUUCUGUUUCAAACCCAGCGCUGGCCACCGUUGGUGAGGAUGAAUUUGAGUCCUCGCCGCCUAAAUCUCCCACACGCACCCUCCGGGACAGCCCGCUGAAGCAGGUCAAGAACAAGUUGACCUCAUUGCUUAAGGGCGGGAAGGGCUUUAUGGCUAGCAGCGUGGCUGUCAGCGCAGAUACCAAGGCAAUUCCGCAGUCGCCCUCACCGAACAAGCUUGGAUAUCACCAGGAGACGUCCGUCGAGUCCUUCAAGACGGCUGACAACGUCGUGUACCCCGACCUCUCUCAACAGGUGGCGGCCACAGCUGCACCGCUUAGUCCAACGCGCAGUAACAGCUCGCGUAGAACGCGGGCUUCGGCCGAGAAGGAACGGUUGGAAGCCAAGGAGCGGGAGAGGGAGGAGAAGGAGAAAGAGAAGGAGGCCAGGGAGGCGAAGCGCAUGGCUGAUCAGAUGGACAAGCUGGACAAGGCGCGGGAACAAGAGCGGGAGAAGGCUCGGGUGUUCAGCAAGGAGCAGGAAAGGAUUGCGGCCAUGGAGAAGGAGGUGGCGGCUCAGCAAAAGGAACAAGACAAGCAGCCCGCCCGUAGCGAGUCUCGUACGCAAGACUUCCGCACGCCUGGUCCCGCCUUAAAUCGGCCCAGAAGUCCCGUCAAGAUGACCAAGGCCACGCCGCUCAAGAGCAGGGGGCUUUCGGAGCAAGGCGGGAAGCGAAAGGGGGUUCCCUCUGACGAUAUGGAUGCGGAUAUGACGGAUGUGACGAAUACCACUACCGUGCUCCCGCCGUCUAUUCCUCGCCCAACCACAGCCUCGUCUAUGCGCGCGCAGAAACGGCCGACGAAACCGACCAAGGAAACAAUAGCCAAGGCGAAGCAAGGUCCAACCCUGAUCCGGGUCAACCCGCUAAGCUCUCAACAAAACCAAUUCCACCCUUCCAACAGCGUGCUUGCAGCGAACCUCCAGGAGACAUUGGGCCAGCCGCAGGCGCCCUCUACUCGGCCGCUGAAUGGCAAGGCAAGCCAAGCCUCACUUCAGGGCAAGGGUUCCGUCCAAAGCUUCAAGAGCUCGGUGUCUUCCACUGGUCGGCCUAAGGCACUGGAGAUGGCGGCCAAGCGCAAGGAACAGGAAGAGCGGGAGGCUCAACGGAAACGGGAUACAAAGCUCGAGUUGGAGCGCAAGCGAGCCGCCCAAGAAGAGGAACGUCGCCAGGAACAGCAGCGCAAGGCUGAAGCAGAGCGACAAAAGGAGGAAGAGCGCAAGGCUGCGCAAAAGAAGGCCGCGAUCGAGCGGGCCAAGCAAACCAAGGCACCACCACCGGCUGUUAGGUCGCAGCCCAAUGGUCCGCCUGAGUACAACUUGGCCGGUGCCGAGCGCGGGACCCUCCGGCCGCCGUCACGACUAGGAUCCACGAUGCAUCAGGAAGGCAGACUAGUGAACACGGUCUUGUCGAGCACCACUGGUACCGCUGGCAAUAAUAACAACACCAACAAGGGAUCGGUGAAGCGGCCGCUGCAGCAAGACGGUGGAGAGGAGAGCUCGAGGUCUCAGAGUCAACAGAAACAACGGGCCAUGCCGUCCUUCCAGGCUAAGGAAGCUAAGCGUAUGCGCAUGAGCGAGGAGUUUGACGAGGACUUGGACACAAUGGAUAGUCACAACCCGCGGAUUAUCAAGGGGCCGCCUGUUAGGCCCUCGGCUGGGUUCAAGAAGGACCUCACCCAAAAGUCCCUAUACGCCGCCAACGGGAACUACCCCCACGCACCACCACCAAGCGCAAGCAAGGACCUCUUCAAGACGGCCGUGACUGCGCAGCAUACGAGUCACGCGGCCAAGCCCGGCCACCACGCGCUUGAUACAGCCCAAUUCUCCAAGGGCGCGAUCCCCUUCGCCCAAAACCCACACAAGACACCCGCCCGGCCCAUCGGUGGCAUCAUCCCCAAGUCCUCAGCCGCCAAAUCUAUCGCCCGCUCCUCCCCACGCCCACAAAAUGGCGAGGGCAUCGAACUCCCCGAUAUCCAAACCGACGACGAAAGCGACGACGACGACGACGGUUACGGCGGGGGCGGAGCCGGCACGGCGGGCAAGGGGCUGGCGCCGGAAUGGACCGAUUCCCCGGCCCUGCGGGAGGCGCUGCUCCGCCAGGAACGGCUGGACCCGAUGAGCGUGUUUGGGCCGCCCGCGCCGUUGAUCAUGGAGGAGGUGUUCAGCAAAACGAAGGACCGGUUCCAUAAGUUCCGCGCAAGGACCAGCAGUGCGAACUGGAGUGGCACGGAUCGGUUGACGGAGGAGGAGGUGAGGAGAGAUAAUGCCGCAAGGGAUAAGAUGAGGAGGGAGGGAGGGUGGAGUUAUGAGUUGGGGAGGGAUAUGUCGUAG